AUGUACGGCUAUUUGGAACACCCACAAACCGAUAACUCUGCUUCAGCCUUCGCAAACAUGGGUUGCAACAACAUCCAACUCGAUUACCAGUAUUCCUUCAAAAGGUUUUGGAACUCCAAGAAAUCACAAUCGGUGAUGUUCGAGCUGAAACACACCGAAACGAGCAAACCCACUAUAGUACUAGCAUCUGUACUUCGCUAG